CUUGUGGUCAAACCCUAAUUUUUGUCUUCUCCGACCGCCGCGCAACGGAAGAGAGACUGUCAAUGGAGAAUCCUCCAGUUGAAGAAGUUGAAUCACUUUCUUUGAAUUCGAAAGAUGAAUCAUCGUCUUCGAAUUCAUCCACCACGCAGAUGAGCGUGGAGGAAAAAUUUAGGAUUGUGAGGAGCAUUGGUGAAGAGUGUAUUCAGGAAGAAGAACUCUUGAAUCUUCUUGCCAAGAAGCCCCAAAUCAUUUGCUAUGAUGGGUUCGAACCUUCUGGGAGAAUGCAUAUAGCGCAGGGUGUUAUGAAGACAAUUAAUGUUAAUAAACUGACAUCUGCUGGUUGCAAAGUCAAGAUUUGGAUAGCAGAUUGGUUUGCACAAUUGAACAACAAAAUGGGUGGGGAUUUAGGUAGAAUUCAAACUGUUGGACGCUACCUAAUUGAGAUCUGGAAAGCAGCAGGGAUGAACUUAGAAGGAGGUCAAGUAGAGUUUCUAUGGUCUUCUGAGGAAAUUAAUUCUCGGGCACAUGAAUACUGGCCUCUAGUGAUGGACAUUGCUAGAAGAAACAAGCUUCCUAGGAUAAUGAGGUGUUGUCAAAUUAUGGGUCGGAAUGAGCAGGAAGAAUUGACAGCCGCCCAGAUUUUUUACCCGUGCAUGCAAUGUGCAGAUAUCUUUUUCCUUAAGGCUGAUAUUUGUCAGUUAGGCAUGGAUCAACGGAAAGUGAAUGUGCUUGCAAGAGAGUACUGUGAUGAUAUCAAGAGGAAAAACAAGCCUAUCAUAUUGUCUCAUCACAUGCUUCCAGGUUUGUUGCAAGGGCAAGAGAAGAUGUCAAAAUCUGAUUCUUCUUCUGCCAUCUUUAUGGAAGAUGAGGAGGCUGAGGUAAAUUUGAAGAUAAAGAAAGCAUACUGUCCACCAAAUGUUGUUGCUGGGAAUCCAUGCCUCGAGUACAUUAAAUACAUUGUAUUUCCUUGGUUUAAUGAGUUCAAGGUUGAAAGAAAAGCAGAAAACGGAGGUGAAAAGUCCUUCACAAGUUACGAAGAACUAGUUGCUGACUACGAAAAAGGGGAGCUGCAUCCUGCUGACCUCAAACCUGCUCUAUCAAAAGCCUUAAACGGGAUUUUGCAGCCUGUCCGUGAUCAUUUCAAGAACGAUGAGAAUGCCAAAGCUUUACUCAAGAGGGUUAAGGGUUUUAAAGUCACAAAAUGAUCGAACGAAGCCGCGGAGUUUGGAAUUUUGUCUGAAGAUCAUAGGUAGAUAGCUACUCCAUCUUUUCCCUUAUAUUUUGCAUAGUAAUACAUCUAUAUAUUUCCUGAAAUAUUUGGUUACAACUUUGGCCCAAGGUUUAUUUAUCUGCCACCAUCUCAAAACCAUACCAUCAUUUUGAUGCAAGAAGUGUUUUAUAUUAAUGUUGUUUUGUUUUCUACGCUAUUCGUUUUCAACGUCACUUGUCUUUACGGCAACAACUGUUCUACUUUGUUUUUAUGGAAACAGUUGUUUUACUUUUUGAGGUA